AUGAGGCAGAAGAAAAAAAUAGAUAAUACAAAAGUGGAAACGAUGGAAAAACCGGAAGCUUGCGUUAAAUGUUCGAAAAUGCAAAAUGGGAGAAAUUGCACGUUCGAAAACGAACAACAAACGGAUGGUGGACAAACGAAACAACAAACAAGCACGUUAAGCACGUUAAAAUCCGUACUUAAAAGAACGACGAGUCAUAAAAAGGAUAAAGUAUCAAAAAAUUCAACAACAACGACAAACGACAAAAUAUCAUCGGGAUCUAAAGAAAUAUCGACGACAAACAAUUCUAAAAAGAAUAAAAAUCGCGUACAAUUCGACGAAACUCAAAAUAAAUAUUUCGAAGCAGACUACGUUAUAUUAAUACACGAAGAAGAUUACGAUUUGGAUGAUUAUUACGACGAGGGUAGUCCUUUCGAUGACGAAGAUGACGAUGUGUACGACGAGGGUAUGAUACCCCCAAAGAUAUGUUGCAGCAAUCCGAAUUGCAACAAUACAAUAACCCUAUCGAAUUACGGUUACCUACCCCCCAACGGUACUCUAGACGUGGGAUCCGGGAGUUAUCACAGGGUACCGGACGAUAGAGAACGUUUGGAUUUUUUAACUCAUUACUACGAUGGCCACUAUCGUGAAAUAAAUCAAAACGAUACAAUGAGAAAAUAUAACAAUCCUACAACCGUCACUGUUCGAUGUGAAAACGAUAAGUGUAAAAAUUGUUAUAAUUAUUUCGAUUUCGAUAUGAGUUGUUUGAAAUCUGAUCAAGGGAGUCAAGAUUUUAGUGAUCAAGUGACUCUUAGCCCACCGGAAGGAUAUAAAGAUGGCGGAUCACAUCAAUGUUGUCCGCAUCAUCAUCAUCAUCACGGAUCUCAUUUUCACACCGCAAUUAACGAACCUACACAUCCUCAUAAAAUAUCAUCGUCGUCGUCGUCGUCGUCUGUGAAUAAAACACCGAUCGAAUUACAACAAAAUGAUGAGAUAAUUAAUACGAGUAGCAGAUUGAAUUUGUUUUAA